GGCGUCACAAUUUGAUUCCACUCUACAGCAGCCUGGCUUGCUGCAUGUGACCUGAGUCAUAGACAAUCCACUUUCUCCUGAAGAAGCCCUCAGCCCCAUGGCCACCUGCCCUGCCCUGCAGAAAGAGAGGCUCUUCCAGCAGGGCGCCCAUGUCUACAGAAUCCCUGCUCUCCUCUACCUCCCGGAGCAAAGGACCUUGCUGGCCUUCGCGGAAAAGCGGUUGAGCAGGAAGGACGAGGAAGCAGAGCAGAUUGUGCUGCGCAGAGGAGACUAUGAUGCAGCUGCCCACCGGGUCCAGUGGCAAGCUCAAGAGGUGGUGACCCAAGCCCAGCUGGAGGGCUACCGCUCCAUGAACCCGUGUCCCUUGUAUGACGAGCACACAGGGACCCUCUUCCUCUUCUUCAUUGCCAUCCCGGGGCAGGUCUCAGAACAUCACCAGCUCCGGACCAGGACCAACGUCACGCGGCUGUGCCACGUUGUCAGCGUUGACCAUGGGAGGAACUGGAGUCCAGCCAAGGAUCUCACAGGCACCGCCGUCGGCAAGGCCUACAAGGACUGGGCCACGUUUGCCGUGGGCCCCGGGCACUGUCUGCAGCUGCGCAAUAGUGCCGGGAGCCUGUUGGUGCCCGCUUAUGCCUACAGGAACCUGCACCCCUUCCGAGCGCCUGCCCCCUCCGCUUUCUGCUUCCUCAGCCACGACCACGGGCGCACAUGGAAGAGAGGGAACUUUGUGUCCCAGAACACACUGGAAUGCCAGGUGGCUGAGGUUGGGGCUGGGGCACAGAAGGUGGUGUAUCUCAACGCUAGGAGCUUCCUGGGGGCCAGGGUCCAGGCACAGAGCUCCAAUGAUGGCCUGGAUUUCCAGAAUAGCCAGGCUGUGCGGAAGCUUGUAGAACCCCCCAAUGGCUGCCACGGGAGUAUAGUCACCUUCCCUAGCCCAAGGCCAAGCGUCUCAGACAUGUGGCUGCUCUAUACCCAUCCCACAGACCCCCAGAGGAGGGAGAACCUGGGAGUGUACCUCAACCCGAGACCACUGGACCCCAGCGCCUGGCUGGAGCCCACCCUGUUAGCCACAGGCAGCUGUGCCUACUCGGAUCUGCAGAGCAUGGGGCAUGGUCCCGAUGGCUCUCCCCAGUUUGGGUGUCUGUUCGAGUCGGAUAACUACCAGGAGAUCAUUUUCCUCAUGUUCACCCUGAAGCAAGCCUUCCCAGGCAUAUUUGGGGCCCAGUAAGCCAGCUGCCUAUGGGCCAAGAGGGUUUCUUCUGCUUCAAGGCACCCAUUCCUCUUUCCUGCCGGCAUCCUCUGGACUUGGGAGGCAAGCUCUCGGGUCCCUUCCUUAGGGGUGAGCACAGAGCUCUGCCUCUUGGCUGUUUGCCGCCUUCGUUGUUCCAGCUUUUACAGAACGUUCUAUUUUCAGCACAGAUAUCAAAGGAGCCUGGCUUUCCCCGGCCCCUUGACAGGGAAGGCGGGGACAGUGUGCACAGUGGCUGUCACUCUGCACAGUGGCUGU